UCUAAAUGUUUAACAGUUUAUCAAUGAUUUAUACAUAUAAAUUAUUUAGUUAUUGUCUAAAAGUAUUAUAAUACCGGUAUAUAUACCGGUUUUAAAUUGUUGAAAAAUCAAUAUUCGAAAUGAUAUUACAAUACCAUUAAAUAAAAAAAUAAUUAUUAAAUUUUUAUCAUUGUGGGCUUGGUUCUUAUGUGAAACGCAAGCGCCGUUGUGAUGAUAGAUAAAAUGGUGAAAAUGGUUUAACAAAGGUAUCAGUUUGGAUAAAAGAAUUUCAACGAACAAAGAAGUUGUGAGAGAAGUAAACAUAAGGUUGACAACAACUUGAUAAGUCAUGGCUAGUUUAGCUGGCAGCUCAGCUGGUGGAUUCCCAAGGCCACCAACGAUGCUCGAACAACUUCUUGAAGAGAUUAAUUUUCAAAGAACCAAGGAAAUGAGACAAUUAUUGAAAGAUGAUUCAGGUUUUGUGAUGCUCCAAGGCACAACAUACUGGACUGAUCUUUUUGUUCGUCACUUUUUAUUUCAAGGAGAGCACACUAUUGAUGGAGAUGAUCUUCUCUUUUUUGUUCGCAAAAAACACAUUAAAACUUCGUCUCGUUAUGUUCCAAAAUUUGAAACAGAAGUUGAUGUUUUUCGUAAAGACAGUAAAAAAUUACCAAUUGGAGAUCCAGACAUUGAUUGGGAAGAGACUGUCUACCUCAAUUUAGUUGUUCAUCAAUUUGAUUAUACUCUUACAUUAGCUAUUUGCACAAGAACAAGUCCCAAAGAAUUACAGGUCCUUAGAAGACAUUCACAAAAAGUAUAUGCAAGUCCUAGUCGUCGUCGAAUGGAUGCAAAAGGUGAUCUUGAAGAAAUGACUUAUCCACAUAUUUGUUUCAUGGUUGACAACUUUGAUGAAGUAUUCUGUGAUAUAUUAGUUAGAGAUGGAGAAAUGGUAUGUGUUGAAUUAGUUGCUUCUGAUAGAGAAGGAGCUGUUCAAGGAGUUAUAUUCCUUGGAUCAAUUAGAUAUGAUGCAUUAAAAAAAGUUUAUGAUGCCAGAUCAAGUUUAAGUACCAAAAUGGCACAACGAAUGACAUUCGGACUCUUCUCAGGCACUUCUUCUCAAAGAAUAGAAUUUGUACGCAUGAAAGGACCUCAAGGAAAAGGACAUGCAGAAAUGGCUGUGACAAAACCUAAGGGUUCAGGAGCGGAAACUCCAACAUCAGAACCGGGAUACUCAGCAACAGAUGCUCUUUGGGAUGCAGAUUGGGAUGAUGCUGAAGAAUUAUUUAUGUAUCGACACCAACGACGUCUUUCAGAUCCAAGUUCUAAUCUCAAUAAUUUCGUACGUGGUGGUUGGAGAACAAAGCCAGACUCAGCUGGAACAAAGGCUAGAUCUGAGAAUGAAGGACUUGAUUCUAUGGCAAAUGGAUUGAAUGAAAUUGAAGCUGGUGAUGUUCGAGACGCUGAAAGACAUCCUAGCAGCUGGGGCGGUCGGGUUGCAUCCCCUGUACGUCACAAAGAUAAUCGUAGAAGUCCUCGGUCAAGACGAAGACAAUCGUCUAGAGAACGAAGUGAGUCUAAGGAUUCCAUAGAUACGCGAUCUGAGAAUGAAAAUUGUUUAUCACCGAGACGAUUUAUCGGAACUCCAAAACGUCGUCAACGGCAUCAGUCUCUUCGUCAUCAUUAUCAUCAUCAUCAUCAUCACCAUCAUCAUCACAAUAUUGAAGUUGGAUCAGAAUCAUUAUUAACAACAGCAGGAGAAUUAACUGAUGAUAAUGUAAUGCAAAAACUAGAUGCUGGUGCAAUUCUAGUUCAUGGAAAAGAAGAAUUACCACUAGGUUAUGGUAAUAAUGAAGAUAAUAGAAGAAUAUCCAGUUAUCCAAUGAAUAUUGAAUCACGAAGAAAUGGAGAAGCUUUAGAUUUUCAUGAAAAUCCAUUAGAUUAUCGACCAAAAUCAAGACAUCAACCACGACGAUAUUUUAGUGAUGAUGAAAUUCUUGGAGUGAUGAGUCGAAAGAAUACUAGACCACUCAAUGAAGAUCAUGUUAAUCGAGUUGAUAGUAUUGAAAAUAUUCAAGAUAAUAAUUGUUCACAAUUUGGUCAAGAACCAGUGAAAGAUAAAAAUGCAAAUGCUCGAAUAUCUAAAUUAAUCAAUAUGACGCACAAACAAAGUGCUACUCUUCCAAGACGACGUAGGAGACGUGCAUUAUCCGGAAGCUUGAUUGGCAAUCAUCCUCUUCCACCACAUCGAGUUACUCCUGAUGGAACUGCUAUCUACUACUGGUGCGAACUCCCGCGCCGCCCCGGCUCUCAGGAACUGGACGAUGGAGCUUAUAAUCCACUUUGGACAAUGAGGGGAUUUACCCAAACAUUUCAUUUUUGGAAGGAAACUAGGAGAGCGCAAUCAAUACCUUUGAAUGCAUUUUUAACAUAUAUAACUUUGCCUUGGUGGAGUAUUGCAAAAGAUAUAUUGGACCAUCGAGAAGAUCCAAUUUUAACAUUUUAGCUAAUAGCUGGUCUCAGUAUUUUCGUCUUUUUAUUCAAAAAUAAUUUAUCUCAUAUUUCGAUUAAUUUAUGUAAAAAAUACGGACAC